GAAAUCAUUAACUAUCGCGCUUUAACUUUUCGUACAGAAAAUGACUACAUAUAUGGAUAAAGGUCCGAAGCCCAUAGGUGGAAAAUUUUUAAGUUUCCACCAUCUCGUAUUCUGGGUUGGAAAUGCAAAACAGGCAGUCAGUUAUUAUUGCACUAGAUUGGGUUUUGAACCUUUGGCUUACCGCGGUUUAGAAACUGGCUCUAGACGCAUAGUAUCAUAUGUCAUCAGACAAAAUCAGAAUAUUUAUGUAAUUCCCCAUCAAAUUUUAUUAGUUUAUUAUGAAGAUGAUACUGAGCAGAGAAUAUCUUACUUUUAA